AGAGGUCUCUAAUUACAUUUAGAACAGGUUUUCUAUGCCCUUCAUAAAACCAUUAAAUUAAUGAAUAAGGAAACAUACUUGAGUGGUUAGCACGCAGACCUCACAGCUAGGAGACCAGGGUUCAAUUCCACCCUCGGCCAUCUCUGUGUGGAGUUUGCAUGUUCUCCUCGUUCUCCCCCAUGCAUGCCCUCCCACAUUCCAAAAACAUGCUAGGUUAAUUGGCGACUCCAAAUUGUCCAUAGGUAUGAAUGUGAGUGUGAAUGGUUGUUUGUCUAUAUGUGCCCUGUGAUUGGCUGGCCACCAGUCCAGGGUGUACCCCGCCUCUUGCUCAAAGACAGCUGGGAUAGGCUCCAGCACCCCCCGCGACCCUUGUGAGGAAAAAGCGGUAGCAAAUGAAUGAAUGUUACAUUAGAGACAUUUGCCACUUGUCUCUUCUGUGUGCUGUAUUGGGUAAUGCAAGUGUAAAAGUGACUAUAGGGGUGCUAUUUCAUGUCUAGAGGUCUCUAAUGACAUUUAGAACAGCUUUCAAACAGGUUUUCUAUGCCCUUCAUAAAACCAUUAAAUUAAUGAAUAAGGAAGCAUACUUGAGUAUAUACUCGAGUGGUUAGCGCGCAGACCUCACAGCUGGGAGACCAGGGUUCAAUUCCACCCUCGGCCAUCUCUGUGUGGAGUUUGCAUGUUCUCCCCGUGCAUGCGUGGGUUUUCUCCGGGUACUCCGGUUUCCUCCCACAUUCCAAAAACAUGCUAGGUUAAUUAGCGACUCCAAAUUGUCCAUAGAUAUGAAUGUGAGUGUGAAUGGUUGUUUGUCUAUAUGUGCCCUGUGAUUGGCUGGCGACCAGUCCAGGGUGUACCCCGCCUCUCGCCUGAAGACAGCUGGGAUAGGCUCCAGCAUCCCCCCGUGACCCUAGUGAGGAUAAGCAGCAGAAAAUGAAUGAAUUAACUUCAGUUAUCACAGUCGGGUCUGGAAAGAAACAAGGUAAUACUGCAUAUCCAUCUAUCCAUAUAUGGGCAUAUAUAUUAUUUGUAACUUUACUGUAAUUGUGAUUUGACAUCUAUGCGUAUUAAUGUGACUUUACAGGCUCGGGCCAAAUUGUUUGAUAUCGGAGCCCAUGCCCUCUGCUUUAAAAGGCAGCAGCUAUACCAUUACACCAACAGUGACUAAGAGGUGAGUUGGUGAAUUCAGCCAUUUUAUUUGCUAAUUCUGCUGCUUGCUGUCAAUCAUUGUGACAAGAAAGUGUGACUGAUUACCUUUGUUGACAUUAUUUGGCGGCAUUAUUUUUUCUGUUGUAUUUUAACAACCAAUAACAAGCAGUGCAAUAUGCAAUAAGCAGUUCGAAACCCCCGCGUCAAAUAAAUAUGUUUACUGUCCUGCAUCACAUGACCAUCCCCCCCACCACGACCCCUUGCGUUCCCGUCCUGCUUCCGUUGUCCCAACUUGUUGUCAUGACCACUGUUACCUAGGCAAGCAGAGCAGAGCCACAGGAGAAAGGAAACCUGAAACAGAUCUUGGCGCCAUGAUGUUUAAUUCAUUAGCAUGUUGAGGUUUUAGAGUACAUAAUGCAGGUGAGAUAUAAAACCGUUAUUAAAUGUGAUUUAUAUUGAAUAAACAAUACCAUUACAUCGAGCAAAAUAAAGAGCAAAAUCACUUCCUGGGUGAUGCUGUCAUAGAAAAUAGAAAGUGAAAAGCUCAAACCAAAUAAACAUAGUACAAGGGUAAAACUGUAAUGACAAUGUUAUGUUGUCUUUGUGUUAAGUGAUCCACGAAUGGUAACUGUUCGAUGCCCAUGUAUCAAUUCCUGCCUGCCUUUUGUUACCCCCUUCUUACUCUCCUCCCACCCUCAGCAUCUGUGUGUUUUUUGGGGGGUGUUCAGUGCUGCCUCCUGUGAGCAAGGGGGGGGAGGGUAAAGCCAAGCGGCUGAAGUGGAUUCAUCAAGGCUCGGAUCCCUGAGUGCUUGUUGUCCACAUCGUUCAAUGGAUUCAGUGGAGAUAGCUUCUUUUCUGGAGGAUUUUUUUUUUUUUUUUUUGUAAUUUUUGGCUUGAAACUUGAAAUACCGAACUCUAUUUCAGACCUGGACCUGGACUCGGGCUUCUACUGGUCACAGGUGGCUGCACAGCGACUGGCUACUCAAUAAUGUAUUGAGUCAAGCUCCGGAAUGAGAAAGAGGAGAAAGUGAGUGGGGUCUGUUAUCAGGAGAAAGUGGGAUCGAUUAAUUCAGGAAAAGAAAAUAAAGUGGACUUAAUCAUCAUCAUCAUCAUCCGUUGGUGUCGUCAUGGUGAACACCGGCAUGCAACUCAUCAGCUUCACCUGUGCCGUAACGGGCUGGAUCAUGGCCAUCGCCGUCACCGCUUUGCCUCAGUGGAAGGUGUCGGCCUUUAUCGGCAGCAACAUCCUGACAUCGGAAAUCAAAUGGGAAGGAAUCUGGAUGAGUUGCAUCUACCAGACGACGGGUCACAUGCAGUGUAAGACGUACGACUCCAUGCUGGCGUUGCCGCCUGACAUCCAGGCCGCACGCGCUCUCAUGUGUUUGGCCAUUUUCAUGGGCUGGCUCUCCUGCACCGUGUCCUGCUGCGGAAUGAAGUGCACCACCUGCGCCGGAGAUGACCGCCAAGCCAAGGCGGCAAUCUCGCUUUCCGGCGGGAUUCUUUUCAUCCUGACUGGACUGUGUGUUCUCAUUCCUGUGUCCUGGACCGCUAACACCGUCGUGCAGGAUUUCUACAACCCCAACAUUCCCGUGAUGCAUAAACGAGAGCUAGGUCAGGCUAUUUACCUCGGGUGGGCUGCUGCGGUUAUUUUAAUGAUAAGCGGAGCCGUGUUAAGCAGCACGUGUCCCCUUAUGGAGAGUGGGGGCGGGUACCGCAGGGGGUACGUGGGCCGCAGCUUUGCUAACUCACCUGCUUCUGCUCCAAAUCUACCGAAAUCCAUCACAUCCAACAGUUUGCCACUUAAAGAGUACGUGUAGGGGGACAGCACUUUUUAGUUAGUUACCAUGAUUAAUAUUUGAAUUCACAUAUUUCGCCUGAUUGAUGUAUUUAAUUGACUUAUUAUCCUCAUGAUUUUAACAGCACAACAAAUGUUUGUGUAGGUGUGGAUGUACUGCAACUGUUCUGAUCAUUGUGUGUGUGAACUACCCAAAUAUACAGCUUGGGAACUUUGUCCAUCCAAUCAUGCAGCUCCUUUUCUAACACCGUUUCUUCAGUCCAUUUUCUUCAACUUAGCAAGACUCCAUGAAGAAGAACACUUUGCAAAGUGUAUCUGAAAUAAGA